AUGGACGCCACGCAAGCCGAGAAACGCCAGUCCGAGAGCUUUGAUAGCGCUCAGCAGAGAAUUCACGACAUCUACACAAAACCGUUGACGAAAGGGCUACAUGUGGAGUUCGAGCAUCCUAAUCAGCACGACCAUCCUCAGCAGUACGAUCAUGCUAUAGCCAACGCGGAGAACGAAGGAAUGCCAGCACAUGGAAGGGAGCAAUUUGAAUCCACCGUGGGUGAGAUUGCCACUCAUCUGGCACAGAAGGUGGACGAUCAAGUUCCGGUUGACGUCGAUGAACGUAGCGCCAAGUGA